CUUACCUUCCGCAUCUUCUUGAAUACAACUUAAUCACAGCAAUCCAGAGCUCAACCUCGAUUGAAUAUUUCCUGGCAACAGAAGUCUCCGAUGGGGGAUCCCAUGGCGAAGAAGACGAAUCUAGUGAAGCCAAGAAUGGAACUUGAAGAACUGUACCAAGGAAUCCCAGACGAGUCCGUCAACCUCACCUUUCAGGACUUAGCCAAGUUCAAUAAUGCUUCAGAAAAGAAAAUGGGGCCACCCAUUUUGCCUGAGCCCGUUUCCGAACAAGUUCACGGUUCUCCUCGCCAUCUAAUCAAAAUACCCAGUCUUGAAUUCAGCACUGGCUUACACGAACCGUCGAACAACCGCCACGUCCAUCGCAGCCACGAUGACGCCCACGUGGACGCGCCAUGGGAUCCUUAUGGUAAUCUUGGGCGUGCCAGUGGUGGAGGACGAAGCCCUCGUGUCAGGGCAAGUGGGGAUGCUCACUCAGGAUAUAACACGGGGUACGAUGACCUGAGCACGGCGUCGGGAAGAGGUGGUGGCCGUCGCCGUCGACCGGGGAUUCCCCACACCAAGAUCUGUACCAUUUGCAGUACCUACGUCUAUGUCUUCCGAACGAGAUGCCUGGUUUGUGGAAGGCUUUAUUGCAGGCAAUGUUUGGAGAUGGGCAUGGGCGAUAUGAUAGAAGGAAGAAAGUGUAUUGAGUGUCUUGGGUUGAGAUUCAGCCAAAGGUACAUAGAGAAAGCAGGGAAGGUAUGGUGCUGGGGAUGGAGGUACCCGAGCACGCUGAAGCAGGUAGAGCUGAAGUGGGCCGAGAAAGGCCCAAAAAGAACUGGAGACAAAGGGUAUAAUAGUCAUUACGGUGGUAUCACCUCUUCAAUUUCGAGAAGCCCGAUAACCCAAGGGCCCAGGCCUACCAUCUUGAUCAGCCUUCCUUCGUGGCCUCAUCCUCCUAUUCUCCUUAUUCUUCUCCCCUCCACCACCAUCGCCUCCCUCUUUAGCCCUUUUCCUAUCUAACUACAUCAAACCCUAAAACGCCACUUCAUAGAACAAUUUCUUUCGUUGACGCAUUCGCGUGAAUUUUUUUGCUACAUCAAGAGAAAUUGAAUCUGAAAUCUCUACUCACACAUUGACUCGUCCCAUGUAUCUUUAUCGUUAGCAUCAUCAGGUGCAACAGCUACAUGAAAUUUAGUAUGACAGAUAAAGAAAUACGAGUCAUGUUAGCCAGUUAGGAGUCCAUUUUUCUUUCUGUUAUAACUAUAUCUUUGCAGUCCUGCGAAACAUCUUGUUCAUUUUGGUUUCACUUUGCUAUUAGUUGCAUGUUGCUUCAUUGAA